GGUGCUCCUAAGAUUGGCAACUCGAGCGGUGGGUGAUUUUGGAAAUCCAGGGAGCCGAUGCACUGCCAAAGAAUUUGGAGGUCCUGUCUAAACUAUAUGGUUACUUACGUAGAAAACAUCCACAUACAGUCAUGGCAAAAACGCGCUCCAAAGGCACCGCCGGCACAGCUUCCUCCAAAAAAGACGACAAAAAGGGCGUAACAACCGUCAAAGCCUCAACUUCGAUCUACACGCUUCCCGUCGAGUCGAAGAAACCCCCCAAGCUCUUCAUCCUCCCCAAGACCGCCACCUCGUCCGCGCGCAUCGUCACCCUCCAGCAUCCACGAUACAGCAAACCCAACCGCUACCUCUUAUGCCCCGAAGCAGGCUUUUUCGAGUUCACCAACAUCUCCCCGCCCAAGUCCGCCCCGCGAAGCUGGCUCAUUGCCCCUAACAACACCACAACUAUUGGCAAUGACAAUGACACGUCCAUCGCCUCCUCUCAACUCUCAGCGCAAAUAACCGAAUCCCCAGCCCUCUACCUCGCGACGCCAUACGAUCCGCUCUUCCUCCUCCUGCCGGCCCUCUUCGUUACGAACGCGGCCACAACAGGCCAAAAACGCAUGUUCCUCUCCCUCGAAGACCACCUCGACAACACCCCGGACCCGUCUAAGCACCUCGCCGAGCUCCUGUCCACAUGCCCCGCGUUGCGCAACCUGAUCGAGGCCCGGCUCGCCGCGGUGUGUGACGCGGUGCAGGCCGGCGACGAAGACAUGUACCGGGUGAAUGAGGCGAAACUGCUGGCGGAGGUGUGGGGGAAGGCGAGGAGGAUGAUGGGCGAUGGGGGUAGACUGCCGGGGAGCAUGGAGGAGAGGUUUGUGAGGCGCGAGUUGGAGGCGCCUGUGCUUGGGGUCAAGGUCGCGAGGGGAGGGAAUGAGGCUGGUGGGGAGCGGAGCAGUGGGAGUGCUACGCCUCUCUCAGGGGAGGAGAGUGCGGAGUCGCAGUCAAGUUUUUCGUCCGUGGAGACGAGCGCUGGUUCAGGGUCCGAGGUGUCCGUUGUCAGCACGACGGCUACGUCGGCUGCUACAGAGGAGGAUGUUGCGAGCGCUAUGACUGCGUCGGCAGAGGUGGUCAAGCUUCAGCGGCUGAGGGUGGCGUUCAACUUCAUUUGCUCGAGCUACAUCGCGCCACCGAUAGCAGAGAUGCUGAAGACGAGGUUGGCCAAGGCGACGGAACUGGUCGACUUUAAGCCCCUGGACGAGUACCUCGAGCGCCUCACCAAGCUCCGCCAAGAGGCUGCAACCGCCAGAACUACCGACUACUCACGGAAGAGGGCGGCGGAUGAAGAGGAAGAUGAGCGCGCCGAGAAGAGGAGGAAAAAAGAGGCCGAGGAGAAGGCUAAGAAGGCAAACAUGAGCCGCGGUGUCAAGGAGCUGAUGAAGGUGAACACGUCUGGGAUGAAGAAGCUGAGCGAUUUCUUCAUGAAGAAGACGUAGGCUUCUCUCUGGGUAUCUUGUCUUUUCAGAGGGCGCUCUCGCGCUGCAUUUGUGUACAGUUUUGGGUGGGCGGUUAGGGUUGGCGUUCGGAGCCCUGGCCAGGGGCAGAGAUAGCAUAACCCCGUUUGAUCCCAUUCACCGUGCGUGGGAUCACCUCACGCCCCUUGACCGCGCUCCCCGUGUAUACCCAAACCCUCCCCUGCCUAUUCCAGAUGUAUUUCUAGAGCUGGAGAUACUGCUCGAUGUCGUGUCAGC